AUGGACGAGAAUUAUGAUGUUAUAGUCCUUGGGACGGGUCUCACUGAGUGUAUUUUAUCUGGUUUACUCUCAAUUGAAGGCAAGAAAGUUUUGCACGUUGACAAGCAGGACCAUUAUGGUGGUGAGUCUUCUAGUGUGACUUUGUCUGAGUUAUAUGCGAAGUUCAAGCAACAUCCGUUGGGCAAGGAGGAAAUAGAAAGCAAGUUUGGCAAAGACAGAGAUUGGAAUGUCGAUUUGAUUCCAAAGUUCUUGAUGGCAAACGGAGAAUUGACCAACAUUUUGGUUCACACUGACGUCACCAGAUACAUCGAGUUCAAACAGGUUGCUGGGUCAUAUGUGUACAACAGGGGUAAGGUGUACAAAGUGCCUGCAAACGAAAUGGAGGCAAUUUCAUCCUCCUUGUUGGGUAUCUUUGAAAAGAGAAGAAUGAAGAAGUUCCUAGAGUGGAUCAGUGCAUACAAUGAAGAGGAUGUUGCUACACACCAGGGUUUGAACUUGGACCAGAAUACUAUGGACGAGGUCUACUACAAGUUUGGGUUGGGAAAUUCGACUAGAGAGUUUAUUGGUCAUGCCAUGGCUCUAUGGACUAACGACGACUAUCUCCAACAACCAGCAAGACCAACUGUAGAAAGAAUCAUUUUGUAUGUGCAAUCGAUUGCAAGAUUUGGUAAAUCUCCUUACAUUUAUCCAAUGUAUGGUUUGGGUGAACUACCUCAGGGUUUCGCUAGAUUGUCUGCCAUCUACGGGGGUACUUACAUGCUAAAUACACCAAUUGAAAAGGUCCUAUAUACUGAUGAUGGAAAAUUCGAAGGUAUUGUAACAAAAGAAGGAACUGCAAGGGCUCCAAUUGUUAUAGCUGACCCCACAUACUUCCCAGAGAAGUGUAAAUCCACUGGUGAAAAGGUUAUUAGAGCAAUUUGCAUUACCAAGCAACCAGUUCCAAACACCAGUGGCGCUGACUCCUGUCAAAUCAUCAUACCACAAUCGCAACUCGGAAGAAAGAAUGAUAUUUACAUUGCUACCGUUUCUGAAGCUCAUAAAGUUACUUCAAAGGGCCACUAUCUAGCAAGUGUAUCCACAAUUAUUGAAACUGAUAAACCACAUAUUGAAUUGGAACCUGCAUUCAAAAUGUUGGGCCCAAUUGAAGAAAGAUUUAUGGGGAUUUCUGAAAUAUUCGAGCCUAUCGAAGAUGGCUCCAAGGAUAACAUUUACAUCUCCAAGUCCUAUGAUUCUUCUUCCCACUUUGAAUCUAUGACGGAUGACGUUAAGGAUAUCUACUUCAGAAUUACCGGUCAACCAUUGGUUCUAAAGAAGAGGGAGGAUACUGCUGAUGAAUAG